AUGCACGAGCUCAGGGCCCUCAGUGCCUUGCUGGAGGAGACUUCGAUUUCCUCCCCUUCGGCUGGUGGGCAACAUCGACGCGGGUCUGCCAGUCUCGACGUGUCCAAGCUUAAUCGUCACCGGCGUGUCUACUCGAAGGACCUUUCUCGUUGGCAUCGCAAUGCCUCAUGGAUCCAAGAUGUAUCCCAGCCUUCGGAGUUUAGCUCAGCGGAGGACGAGGAUGAAGACCUCCGUCAAUACCGGCAAGACGCUGAGGUCAUGCUGCCAGACGUCGAGGUCACGCUGCCAGGCGCGGUCAAGGCAAGGGCACUUACAACAACAGGUCCCUCAAUCACCACCGGCACGGAUGAAGUUGAUCCCACUGCGCCCCUGUCAGAAGCCCAUGACGCCCCUGAGCUCGAUUCCGAUGGGGAUAGCAAUCUGCAAGCUGAUAGAGUUGCCAAAGACCUUCUCAACACCGAGUUUGACGUCUUCCUCGGUUCUUCAGAGCCACCGCGGGAGGUAGUCCAGGCCGUGUGCAAGUGCCUGGAAGAAAUAUCGCUCUCGAUUCGGUCCGCUCGCAGCAUAGGUGUACUUCCACCAGUCACAACGGCAACACAAUCAACCGAGUCGGCUAGCCCCGGGUCGUUUGGUUACCCCUCCCAGCAGAAAGGGAGGAGAUCAGGGGGCAACCAAAAGAAACGCCCCAUGGGGUACCAAGGGGAUGAUGACGAAGAGUUUCAGGACGACGAAGGCGAAGAUGGAUUCGGUGUGGCCGGCCGCAACGAUGCAGGCCAUCGAAAGAGGCCAAAGGUCGAACAAUACCCAUGCCCUUUUCGUAAGAGGAGCCCGUACAAAUUCAACUGCCGCGAGUGGGAAUUCUGUGCGAAAGCCCCGUUCAAGACCAUGUCGGAACUCAAAAAGCACAUCAUCAAGUACCACCAGCAGCAACACGAGGCACUGGCCUAUGUUUGCCCGAGAUGUCACAUGGGUUUUAUUCGAGCCGAAGAGUUUAAGGCUCAUCUGAUGGCCCCGCGUGACGACGUUUGUGACGUGAAAGAGGGCCCGACUCCCCCCUCAGAGGUCGUUGGCAUCGCUCCCAGCAUGAUAGAGAAGCUCCGCAGCCGAAUGGAACAUUUCGACUGGGACAAGCUGUGGCGUGCGUUAUUCCCUGACGACCUCGACGUCCCCGACCCAGACUUUGAACCGGUCGUGGAACUCCAUGAAGUCAACCACGAAUACGGCGCCCUCUUACCAGAGUUCCGCAACAGCCUCUUUUCUAUCCUCACCACCUUGCUACCGGGCACUGAUGUGGCCCAUCGCGAUCUCCGUCAACGUCUCAACGACAACCUGGACCGUCUUUUCAGCGAGUUCUUCGCAACGACUUUCAACAGAGCACGAACACACGCAGCGGGGAGCCCAACAAGCCCACAGGUUCAGCGGGCUGGAACCGACACCCCAAGCCCAGCACCGUCACAGGCCGCCUCCGUCUCCAACUCACGACCUCCGUCCCUAGCCAAGACCACCAACCCGCGUCGCACCAUCCUCCCUAACCCGGCCCACCGCCUCAGCACCUGGUCCUCCACCGACACCUCAUCCUCCUCGGCGCGAUACUCAACUAGUACCGCCACCACCAGCUUAGGCCAGUCCAACCGCGAGUCCAUGGUCUCCGACAUCUCCAGCCAAGGCAGCCUAAACAACAACAUCCCCCAACUCCCACCGACCCCCAUCCACCACCACCACCGUCUCCAACACUCCUUCCCCAGCAUGCACGCCCAAAUCCCCCUUCGCGAACCCUCGCACUCCACCGGCCCAACAAACCCGCCCCACCGCCGACCCCGACCCACUACCCAAUCCCCGCUCCUCCAAGAACUCACCCUCACAACGACAACCACCACCAACCCCCCACACAAACGCCACGCGGAGCCGAGCCCGGCACAGCCCAUGGUCAUGACCACGACCUCCGGUGCGGGUGUGAGGGAUCCGCAUGACUCAGCCGUGAGUGAUCUCGACUUGGAAGGAUGCUGCUUCAAGUGCCUCGGCGUCGGCGACGGGCUGUGCCGGUGCGCGGUUGGCGGUGGGGAGCUGCCGUUUGUAGGCGGUGCGGCGGCCGGUUAUGGGCUGGGUGAUGGUGCUCGUGGUGGGCAUGAGGUGUAUGGUCGGGAUUUGCAGGGGGGUGAGGGGUAUGUGUUCGAUUUGGAGGGGUUGGGGCCGGAUGGGUUGGGGGAGGUUAUGUUGGGGGGGCGGUUUUAA